CAAACAUCCACUCAAGCCAGCAGAAUGAUCGCUCACGUGUUCAUAAUCGCCGCCGUCGCUGCCGCCGCCAGCGCCGGCAUCGCCACCUCCUACGCCAUCGGCGGCAUCGGCCUCCGGGGGCUGGGAGGCAUCGACGACGGUAUAGGUCUAAGAAGACUGGAAGGUCUCGACGAUGGUUUAGGCUUGAGAAGACUCGGCGGAGAGAGAAUUGUGGAUGUUUACGCGCCGCCUAGGUACGAGUUCAAGUACGGCGUGGGCGACCCGAAGACUGGCGACCGCAAAGAGCAGGCUGAAGCUCGCGUCGACGACGUGGUACGAGGAGAGUACUCGUUGGCCGAACCCGAUGGUACCAUAAGAGUGGUCAAGUACACCGCCGACGACAAGAAUGGGUUCAACGCUGUGGUAUCCAGGAUUGGGAAAGCCGCACACCCUGAGAUUAUUUUGGCCAGGAGAGGAAUCGAACUGGGGGGAAUCGGACUCAAGCGUUGGUUGUAA